AUGAGACGUCGAGACUGCAACUCGGGAGCCAUACUCAUCUACGCCGGAGAGAUCCUCAUCGUCCAUAUACCACUGGAGGAGAAGUACUUCCUAGACCACAGGAGGAGAAGUACUUCCCAGACCACUGGAGGAGAAGUACUUCCCAGACCACUGGAGGAGAAGUACUUCCUAGACCACAGGAGGAGAAGUACUUCCCAGACCACUGGAGGAGAAGUACUUCCCAGACCACAGGAGGAGAAGUACUUCCCAGACCACUGGAGGAGAAGUACUUCCCAGACCACAGGAGGAGAAGUACUUCCCAGACCACUGGAGGAGAAGUACUUCCCAGACCACAGGAGGAGAAGUACUUCCCAGACCACAGGAGGAGAAGUACUUCCCAGACCACAGGAGGAGAAGUACUUCCCAGACCACAGGAGGAGAAGUACUUCCCAGACCACAGGAGGAGAAGUACUUCCCAGACCACAGGAGGAGAAGUACUUCCCAGACCACAGGAGGAGAAGUACUUCCCAGACCACAGGAGGAGAAGUACUUCCCAGACCACAGGAGGAGAAGUACUUCCCAGACCACAGGAGGAGAAGUACUUCCCAGACCAUAGGAGGAGAAGUACUUCCUAGACCACAGGAGGAGAAGUACUUCCCAGACCACAGGAGGAGAAGUACUUCCCAGACCACAGGAGGAGAAGUACUUCCCAGACCACAGGAGGAGAAGUACUUCCCAGACCACAGGAGGAGAAGUACUUCCCAGACCACAGGAGGAGAAGUACUUCCUAGACCACAGGAGGAGAAGUACUUCCCAGACCACAGGAGGAGAAGUACUUCCCAGACCACAGGAGGAGAAGUACUUCCCAGACCACAGGAGGAGAAGUACUUCCCAGACCACAGGAGGAGAAGUACUUCCCAGACCACAGGAGGAGAAGUACUUCCCAGACCACAGGAGGAGAAGUGCCCCCCUCCCCUGUUUCCUAAUCCUCCCCACCAACCCCCACUCCACUGA